UAGUUUCCCUGUGAUUUUAGUUUUAUAAAAAGCACAUUUUGUAGUCUCUUGCAAAACGCGAUGUUUUCCUCACGCGAGAAUCGGUGUCAUCGCUUUCAGGCGAACAUCUUUAAUAAAAGUAAAUGUCAAAACUGCUUUAAAACCGUGGAUUCACACAAACUCAGGGAAGCAGAUCUGUAUCAGACUAAGCCUGUUCAUGAGGGGUGGCUCCUCUUGGCCCCAGAGGACACUGACUUCAGCAGUUCUGGCCACACGAACCAGAAAUGGCAGAGGAGAUAUUUUGUGCUUUACGAGCAUGGGCUUCUAUGCUAUUCUCUGGAUAAGAUGCCAGGUACAUUGCCUCAAGGAAGUUUGAAUAUGAUCCAGUGUCGUGAGAUUUGUGAUGCUUCAUCUCAAACUGGCUUCCAGAACUGUCUGAGGUUGUGUUUCACUAACAGAGACUACUACAUCCGAACAGAGAACACAGACAGCUUGAGCAUUAGUAGGUGGCAGGAAAAUCUGCUUGUUUACCCCAAAGCUGCUAAAUCAAAUCAGAGGAAGAAGGGGAAGGAUAAAGUCCACCCACCACAAACAACAGAAAACCAAACCUCUAGCAGCAGUUGCAGUAGUGGUGCUAAAAAAACGUGCACUUCUGGAAGUAAUUUCACCGGCAGCAUUAACAGACGAGGCAGCAUCACUUCUAGUAAUAGUAGUGACAAUAAAGUGUCCAUCAGCGUCAAUGCUGGCACGAGUACGAGCAGUGCCACUAGUGGCAGCAGCAGAAAUGGUAGUACUAAAGAGGCCACCAAAAAAGACAGAACAACUAGCAUGUUGAGCACAGUGGAGGAGGUCUCAUUGCUUUCAUCAGAGAAAGAGCUGGAGGAGGAGUCACUCAAUGUUGGAGUUGGGGUUCCUUCCAGCAGUGGUAAUGCUUCUUCACUCAAUGCCAGUCUUGGCUCCUGUCUCACUUCGUCACUCGAUCAGCUCUCGAGCUGCUCCGGCACGGAAGGCACUAAGAGUCGAUUGGGCACUGAAAGCGGCUAUUCCUCACUGGAGAAGACAAGUCCUCGUGUUGCAGAUGAACAAGCACACACUGACUCCAGUUCACAGGGGGCAUGUGAGGGUGAUCCUGAAGAGUCCAAUGGGAAGAGACAAUCACACACAUCCAUGACACAGACACACACACUCAGACAUGAAGCACAUCAAGCACUCAGCCCAAGAAGAAAAGUACACCGGCUGUCUGGAAGUCGGAAGAGGAGAUCUCAGGAUGCUGAUCAACAGGAGGGUUCAUUUCUUGAUAACGAGCUUCCCCCAUCAACCUUCACUUCCUCGUCUUCUGCACAAAAUGACCAUAAGACAACUGUCAGUACAUCUCAGGAUUCGUCCCCUAAUGAUGACAUCCCUGAUCACUCGCGACCCUUCACGUCAUGCAGUAUCCGUUCCAAAUCGCUGGAAAGCAGACAUCUUGAUCCCACACCCACACCUGACCUCCUUAAUUUCAAAAAGGGAUGGAUGUCUAGAUUGGGAGAAGACGGAAAGUGGAGGAAAAAUUGGUUUGUUCUUACUGACCAGACUCUGAGAUUCUACCGUGACUCUAUAGCAGAAGAGGCAGCUGAUGUGGAUGGUGAGAUCAAUUUGUCUACUUGUUACGAUGUUACAGAUUACCCUGUACAAAGAAACUAUGGCUUUCAGAUUCACACAAAGGAUGGGGUCUUCACCCUCUGUGCAAUGACUUAUGGAAUACGACGGAACUGGGUCCAGGCAGUAAUGAAAAAUGUUCAUCUCAGCACUGCUCCUGAUGUCACAUGGAAAAAUCCUACUAUCAAAUCCAGUUCUAUUCCUCAAAAGGUGUCAUUGACUAGUACACAUGCUCGUACAGGCUCCUCCCAAUACAAUACAGUUCCACAGGAGGAGGAGAAAAGGAGUCGCAUCCGUGAGCACCGUAGAGAGGGCCGUUACAGAACCUUUGAUUGGGCAGAAUUAAGUCGUAAACCGCACAAGGAGGAGUUGUCAAAUGAUCUGUCAGGAAGCCAAUGGAACUAUAACAGUGAGCGCUCAGUGCCUCCUGCCCCUGCAUCAUCCCCCGAAGAGCCGAUCAUACGUUCUGUCUCUGAGGCAUCAGAGAGCAAAUAUCUUCAGAAGACUAGACUCUCUCCGAGGCGAAGCCUGAACAUCAUUUCCGCUGAUAUACCAUCACACUUAUCACUUAUGACAGUGUCAGGUCGCACCUCCCCAGAAUCAAUCAGCCCAGACAGCUUAGAGGUUGAUGCAGGGACAGUACGUGUCCACUGUGACAGUCCUGGUGAACUACUCAAAGCUAAACCCAAAGAAGAAAAGCAGGUUGAUCGCUCCACUUCUCCAUUGCCAGUCACCUUUUCUUCAUCCUCAACCCAGACAGAAUGGCAGUGGGAUGUGGAGCUUCAGAGCCUGCGCAGAGAGUUGAAGGCUGAGCAUGAGAGGUAUCAGUCUCAGGAAAGGGAGUUACGACAUAGUGAGGCCCAACUACAAGCGGAGCUCAACGAUAGCCAGGGAUUUCUUAAGAGGGCAGAAUUAAGGAUUCAAGAGGCAGAAACUGUUCUGAAGGAGCGUGAGGAGGUGCUGGAGAGUCUGCAUGGACGGUUAGAGGAGGUAACGGGCCGUCUAAAAGCAACCGAAGAAGCACAAGCCUUAAAGGAGGUCCGGCUACAGAGGCACCUGCGCCUCCUGCAAGAGAGCCAGGAACGAGAAAGGAGGAGCUUUAGUGACAGCCUCGACCAAUCGGAGCAGCGAUCGAAGGAACUAGAGGAGCGUUUAAGGCAGAAAGAUGCUGAGCUGCAGAAGAAGCAAACAGGUGAAGUUAAUGAUGAGCUUGUACGAAGGUGCCAGGAGCUACAAAACCAGCUGGAGGAAUCCGACAGUGAGGUCUGUCGUCUGCAGGCACGCCUCCAAACUGAAGAGACUCUUUAUUACGACAUGGAGCAUGAUUAUGAAAGAGCUUGUGAGGAAAUACAGAGUUUGCGAGGUGCUCUGCUGGACUGUGAGAGAGUAAGUGAGGAGCGCUUCCAAACCCAGCUGGUGCAGCAACAGCAAGAGUUACACAGGAAGGAACGUGAACUCCAGGAAAUGCUUGUUAAGAUGGCAGUCUUGGGCAGUAGUCUAGAGGAGACUGAAUUGAGGCUCAAGGAAGCCCAAACCCAUCCUUAUGAAACUAGUGUUACAUGUGAGACACUGAUUGAGCCACAACAACACAGGCAAAAAGGGAAAAAAGAUUUGGAAAAACAACCUACGACUCAGGGAGAUGAGUCACACACAGUGAUCUCUGUGAUCCAGGCACUAGAACGCAAGUUGUGUGACACCGAAGAGCGACUCCGGGAGCUUACCAUGCAUCUUCAACAACAACAACAACUUAACACUGGGUGCUCCCACAGAUCCCUCCAUAAUCCAGAAGGUCGACUCUCCAUGGAUGCUCUGCCGAGAUUUACUGGAGCUUUGCACAGCCUGCAGGGAACCACUUUAGACAGAACUUCGGACCAAGCUAACAUCUCACUUUAUGAUGAUGGAAGUCCAGGGAGAAGUCAAGCUCUGGACAUGGCCAGCAGAGUGUUGUCGCUGGAGGCACUGGUUGUCCAAAGGAUUGCCUCUGCACUUGAGAAUCCCAGUAGAAAGUUGCUUAAUAGAUUGUCAGAGGUGCAUAUCCAAGUACUUAGGAUGGCUAAAGGAGGCAGUCAUAAUGGGGCUGUGAAACCUAGUUACCCUCAGAUCUUCUUGGAUCAUCUCGAGCAAGAUCUGUUCGAAAAUACGCUGAGUGAAAAUGUGAUCCAUAGACUGUGUGUAAAAGCAGAGAUGGCAUACCUCCUACAUAGUCUGUGUACUCAUCCCUCAAAAGAACAACAGGGAUUUAAGCCCUUUUAUGUGUUGCCUUGGCCAAUACCCGAUAGUUCCUCGUCUGGAACCAAAAUGGAAAAUGGUUCCAAGCAGGGGUCCAAUCUUGCUGACAUUAGCCCACCAGAACUUGCACCUUACAGUGAACAGAUGGAGGACGAGCUGGUGAACGAUCUACUCCUUGAGGACUCUGAGGUACAGCUUGCUUGCAGAAAGAGUCUGGUGAUAGAGCUCCGAGCUCAGGCCAAGUCAUUGCACAACCUCUCAACACAGCUACAGUCUGAGGAUAGAGAGGCUGACCUUCCUGGUGAAACUCCUACAGCCAUCCUAAGGGCUGCAAUGUGUCAGGCCACUUUGGCAUACAUGGCUUGUCGUCUGCGUUCGGCCCUGCAGCAAGAGAUGAAUACCCUACGCAAGCAGAGAGAGCAGACUCAGUCUGAGUGUCGUGCCACGUGUCAUAGUAUGGAGACUCUUUUCCAGGAACAGAUGGAGCGUUAUGAAGAGAGGCUGCGUGAGGAGCGUAUUGCUGCCAAAAAGGCAGAACAGGAACGUGUUUCAGCUGAGGCCAAUGCUCAAUUGGGGACGGAAGAAGCAGAAAGAUUGCAGGUGGAGUUUGAUGAGAAGCUGCAGGUGCUCCAGAAAAUCCAUGAGGAGGAGAUGAGCCGUCUUCAUGAAUACUACAUUCAGAACUUGUCAAAGCCAAAAGCUGCAACCCCUUCAGAACUAGACGACAGUGACAAUACUGAUCAGGUUUCUGUGUCUUCUCUGCAAGACCGAAUCAGAGAGCUUGAGUCUGAGGUCUCUUGUUUAAGGGCAGACCUCAGCAACCAGGAUGCCAAAGCCUUCCAGCUUGACCUGGAAACCAUCAAGGCCACAUAUGAGCAUGGUUUCAGCAUUAUGGAAGACAGCCAUCAGCGGGUGAUUGAGGAGAUGCAGAGGCAGCAUCAAAGAGAGGUGGAAAGGCUGACAGAGGAAAGAGAAAGAGUUCUGCAGGAAGAGACGAACGCCACCAUUUCAGCCAUUGAGGCCAUGAGGAAAGCUCAUAAAGAGGAAAUGGACAAGACUCAGAAAGCCCUACAAAAUGGAGCCAAUGUGGACAUCCACCAGCUUCGUGCACAAUAUAAUGAGGAGCUAGAAAUGUUGCACAGGGAGCUGGAGGUGUUGUCAGAGCAGUAUUCUCAGAAAUGUUUGGAAAAUACUCAUUUGACCCGGACUAUAGAAACAGAUAGAGAGGCAUUGAGUUCAACACACAGAGAGAACCAGGAGCUUCGCACUCACAACCAGGAAUUAAAUGAUUGUUUGGCUGCUGAAUUAUCCCUGAUGCAUUCACGCAUGAAUGGGGAGGUGAAGCACUCCCAGUCUUCUCAGGAGAAAGACACGUAUCAGUUGGAGGUAAAUCUCAGAGUGAAGGAAUCAGAGAUUAAGUGUCUGAAACAGGAGAUCAACUCACUUAAAUUGGAACUGCUGGCAGGAAAUAUGCAUUUUAAAGAGCUAGACUCUGAGUUGAGUCAUUUAGAAGUUAAAACUCAAAGUGACUUCACUGAACUGAGGAUGGUCCCAGCUCGACAGCAGUGUUUAAACUAUGAUCUGAUGAAAUCCAGAAGCAACCCAGACUUUGUGAAGGAAUGUUCAACACUCACACAGAAGGCCAGAUCCAAGAGUAUUAAGGAUGGACUCACUGUUCUGGAGAGGAUGAAGCUCUUUGAAUUAACUAGCACGCAAAAGAUUUGAGUGAGUGUGUGUGUGUGUGUGUGUGUGUGUGUGUGAGAGAGAGAGAGAGAGAGAGAGAGAGAGAGAGAGAGAGAGAGGCAUUUUAGUGUAUUAUGUGGGUUAAAUUAUUAAAUCAAUUGUAUGUCUUUAUUACACAAUGAAUUAUAACUAUACCUUUAGUCACAGGUGUGUGUGUGUGUGUGUGUGUGUGUGUGUGUGUGUGUGUGUGUGUGUGUGUGUGUGUGUGUGUGUGUGUGUGUGUGUGUGUCAGUCAUUUUAAUUUUUGUUUCGUACUACUUUAGACAUAACAAAUUUUUGAUAUGAGGAUGUCUCUCUAAAUCUUAAACUGUUUGUUUAUAUUUACAUGUUUAUGCCCGAUUAACCUGUUUGAAUUUCUUUAUCUCUAAUUAUGAAUAAAGUCAAGUUUUCGUGUCUUGAA